AUGUCGGAGUCGGGGGGGUCUCUGCCCUGGUGCAGGCGUCUCACCUACGCCGUGGGUCACGUCCUGAACGACCUGUGCGCCUCCAUGUGGUUCACCUACCUGCUGCUCUUCUACCAGUCCGUGCUGAGCUUCCGGGACUCCACCGCAGGACUGCUGCUGCUGGUCGGCCAGCUCGCCGACGGACUCGCCACCCCGCUCAUCGGCUACGAGUCCGACCGCACCAGAGGGUGCGCCAAGUACGGCAAGCGCAAGACAUGGCACCUGAUCGGGACCGUGUGUGUGGUGCUGUCGUUCCCCUUUAUCUUCAGUCCAUGUGUGGGGUGCAGUGGGGUGAUGCCACAGUGGGUGGGUCUCACCUACUUCAUCCCCUUCAUCAUCGUCUUCCAGUUCGGCUGGGCCGCCACGCAGAUCUCCCACCUCUCCCUCAUCCCGGAGCUGGUGAAGUGUGAGGACGCCAAGGUGGAGCUCACCGCGUAUAGACAUGCGUUCACGGUGCUCUCUAAUAUCGCGCUGUACGCGGCCGCCUGGCUGCUCUUCCAGUUCCAGAAUUCGGCGGAUCCGUCUGUAGCUGAUCAGUUGAGUCACCUGGAUGUUCCGGUGUUCAGGAACUUAUCUCUGAUGGUUUUGGGUAUCGGUACUUUCUUCUCCAUCGUCUUCCACCUGGGUACGAGGGAGGGAGACGGGCGUGACUCAGAGGAGAGUCUCCCCCUGCUGUCCCAGUCCGGCCAGAGCACCGGACCACUGCUGAUGUGGAAACACUGGCUGUUAGAACCCUCCUUCUACCAGGUGGCGCUGCUCUACAUGUGCACACGACUGAUGGUGAACCUCUCACAGACCUACAUCUCCAUGUACCUCAUCAACACCCUGUUCCUGCCCAAGAAUUUUAUCGCCACGGUUCCUCUGGUUCUCUACAUCAGCGGCUUCAUCUCAUCUCUGCUCAUGAAACCCGUCAGCAAACGUAUCGGCACCACCGCGACGUAUUUUGUGGGUCUCCUGCCGAUCCUGGUGUUUGCCGGCUGGGUGCUGGUGGAUGUGAGGAUGGGUUUUGGUGUGUAUGGGGCGGCGGUUCUGCUCGGGUCUGGAUCUGCUGUUAUACUGGUCAUGUCACUGUCCAUGACAGCCGGUCUGAUCGGAGAUCAAACGCAAAGCAGUGCGUUUGUGUACGGCGCCAUGAGCUUCACAGAUAAGAUGGCUAACGGCCUGGCGGUGAUGCUAAUCCAGAGCUUGUACCCCUGCCAUUCUCUGGUGUGCUGUGGUGACUGUGUGUGGUUCUAUCACCGGGUGAUGGUGUGUGUAACCGGGGCCAUCGGCGUGGUCGCCGCCUUCCUCGUCUGUUCCCUGUUCAUCUGGCCAAUCAGGAUCCGCCGCUAUCGAGAUAUAUAGCGAUACGCCGGCGGUGUGUACAGUUUAGUCAUAUCCAGUUCUUCUCUACUGCUGCAGAGCUCCACUCCUGACCGAGGAGGGUCGCGACUAACACACGCCCCCUCCGACACGUGUGCAGCACCGACCGCUUCUUUUCAGACAGAGAUCCGUAUGGUGCUGCACCAUCGAUCAGCCAGCAGAGGGCGUCACUGCAGCACUCAUGAUUAAUCCCGCCGGUUCAGCGCUCAGCAGAUACGGCGGCUCUGAUGAAGGGAAGAUCAGGAGAGUCACAUCCAACCCACAGGAAUAAUUCUGAUAAAUGAUCGAAGGUUUUUAUUACAGUUAUAAACAAAUAAACACUGGAGCAGCACAAAGUAAUAAAA